CGGUCAGUGAAUCACAUGUCUGCACCGUCCCCGUUAUCCGCUGCUAUAAAUACAAGCAGCAGAGAGACCCGAGCAGCUUCAGACGGUCUGGAGUCUCAGGAAACAAACAGAGGAUUUUAUCGUCAUAUUUGCCUGCUGGCCCCGUGGACCUCAGAGAGGAUGUUAAUGAUGAUGAUGAUGAUGAGGAAGAAGGGGUCCAAGGGCCUCGCCUUGUUCGCUCUUCUUGUGGCCUCGGCCAACUGCGUCCUUCCUCCAACCAAGGAUGAUCUUAGCCAGAUUUCCCUUCUGGCCGAGGAGUACCUGGGGAAACAGAUCGAAAACGCUGUCAACGGAGUGAAGGAGAUGAAGACUGUGAUGCAGAAAUCUUCAGAGGAGCACAAGAGGUUUUUGGAUGCCCUGAAGAAGACCAAGGAGCAGAAAGAGGAGGCGAUGCUCACAGCUCAGGAGAUGGAGACCAAGCUGGAGCAGGAGGAGGAGGUGUGCAACGAGACCAUGAAGGCUCUGUGGGAGGAGUGUAAGCCCUGUCUGAAGAACACCUGCGUCAAAUAUUACUCCAGAUCAUGCAGCAGCGGAUCAGGACUGGUGGGACGUCAGCUGGAGGAGGUGCUGAACAGAACGUCUCCCUUCUCCAUCUGGAUCAACGGGGAGAAGAUCGACGUCCUGGAGAGGGAGGGACAACGACAGAGCAAAGAGUUCAAGAACCUGGAGGACAAAUACAUAGAGAUGGCUGAUGGCGUGAACAACAUAUUUACAGACAGCAUGAAGGUUGCUGAUCACGUGCACUACAGCCCUCCCGUGUUCUUCCUGGGACCGUUCACCCGCCACAGCAGAAGCAUUCGCUCUCUGUUCCGCGAUCCUUUCCACGGCUUCCAGGGUCUGUUCUCGCCCAUGAUGGGAAUGGGCAAGAACUUCUUCAGCUCCAUGGGCUCCAUGAUGGACUUCGACACAGACAUGACUCCUAAUGAGGACGGCGAUCUGAACGAAGACGUCGUCAUCACCAAACCUUUUGGUAACGGACAGAUGACCUGCAGAGAGAUCCGCCGCAACUCAGCCGGCUGCAUCAGGUUCAGAGACGAGUGUGAGAAAUGCAAAGAGAUCCAACAUGUGGACUGCUCCGGUAAGAGACCUCUGGAGGGGCCGCUGAAAGAGGAGCUGGAGGCGGCGCUGGCCAUGACCGAGCGUUUCACUCAGCAGUACAAUAACCUUCUGAAGAGGUUCGAGGAGCAGAUGUUCAACACCUCCUCCAUCGUGGAUCUCCUCAACAGCCAGUUCGGCUGGGUGUCGUCUCUGGCAAACAACACCAAGGACGACAUCUUCAAGAUUCAGACGGUGAUCAGCAGGGAGUCUGAGGAGAAGCCAGGUGAGACAGAGAAGCAGCCCGGAGAGACUCAGGUGUCCGUGCAGCUCUUCGACUCGCCACCCAUGAACUUCAACGUGCCGGGCGACAUCCCCUGGUCCGACCCCAAGUUCUCUGAGGUGGUAGCUCAGGAGGCUCUGGACCGCUACAAGGAAACCACCGUUGUGGUCAAAUAAAGUCCGACUUGCGCCCCCACAACCGAAGAGAAUGUUCUGGAAACAUCACCCAAAUCCCACCUGGAAGACCUUCUUCUCUCCAAGUCCUGCUUUUGCAAACAACACGGUUUAACCUCAGAGAUGUCGUGGUCACAUUAGAGCUCUUAGUGCCGCUGUCCGAGAAGACUUUCACUAAAUGUAGAUAAAAGGCCUCCUCACGUGUAGACUGUAGAAGCUCUAACAUCGAAACCUUGCAGGGCUUUCUUAAAACAAGUUCCAAAGCACUUACGAGUCACGCUUGACUUUUCCAAUAAGAGCUAAAAUGUAUGUGUCUGUCUCUGAAAUUCUUUAUUCAGCCGUGCUUACAGAUUUGAGAUGGAAAAGAUAUUUCCUCAAGAGUCUGCUUCAGUGACUGUUAACGACCUGAGCUGCCCUUCUACAGAUCUCUGAUAGCUGCUAUCGGAGUUGGUUGAAACGGUUGUUUGCUGGAGUUAAACGCACUGAUUGGAAGUAGAUUACAGUCGGGGAAUAGGAAGUGGAUUACGUUCACGAUUGCUUUAAACCCCUCUGUACAGCAAAGAAGCAAUACAUAGAGAUGAAAUAAAAACCUGCUCAAACCCA